AUUAUCUUCAGCAUGCCUUUUAUUGAAGGUGCUGGGGGCAUUUUGUGAUUGAUUUCAGUUAAUGAAUACACUGUAAAAUCAGCUUAUAUUAGUUAAAGCCCUAAAUAUCCAAGUGACCCCAGAACCACCGCGGUGGACGUUGUCGCUCUGCUCAUUCGCAUGGAGACCCAAUUUGUUCAUGUUUGAAACCCUGUGUGAUGGGAAGUGGCCAUGCACAAAGAAUCCUUGGGAGCAAGGACAAGUUUGGAAGGCAUGUGGAGACCCCAAGGCUAAACCUUCCUACCUUAUUGACAAAAACCUGGAGUCUGCUGUGAAGUUCAUAGUCAGAAAAUUUCCUGCUGUUGAGACGCGCAACAACAAUCAACAGCUUGCACAACUACAGAAAGAAAAAUCAGAGAUUCUGAAAAAUCUGGCGUUAUAUUACUUUACAUUUGUAGAUGUUAUGGAAUUUAAGGACCAUGUCUGUGAGUUGCUGAACACUAUUGACGUUUGCCAAGUCUUCUUUGAUAUUACUGUGAACUUUGAUUUAACAAAAAACUACUUAGAUUUGACUGUAACCUAUACAACAUUAAUGAUAUUGCUGUCCCGGAUUGAAGAAAGGAAGGCCAUCAUUGGACUCUACAACUAUGCACAUGAAAUGACUCACGGAGCAAGUGACCGAGAAUACCCACGCCUUGGUCAGAUGAUUGUGGACUAUGAAAACCCUUUAAAGAAGAUGAUGGAAGAAUUUGUCCCCCAUAGCAAGUCUCUUUCAGACGCACUGAUUUCUCUCCAGAUGGUGUACCCUAGACGGAACCUCUCAGCAGAGCAGUGGAGAAAUGCCCAGUUGUUGAGCCUCAUCAGUGCUCCCAGCACAAUGCUCAACCCAGCCCAGUCCGACACUAUGCCUUGUGAAUACCUCUCCUUGGAUGCAAUGGAGAAAUGGAUUAUUUUUGGCUUUAUUCUGUGCCAUGGGAUGCUAAAUACGGAGGCUACCGCACUGAACCUUUGGAAGCUUGCUCUUCAGAGUAGCUCUUGCCUCUCUCUCUUUCGGGACGAAGUUUUCCACAUUCACAAAGCUGCAGAAGACUUAUUUGUAAACAUUCGGGGCUACAAUAAACGUAUUAAUGACAUAAGAGAGUGCAAGGAGGCGGCUGUAUCACACGCCGGCUCGAUGCACAGAGAAAGGCGCAAGUUUUUAAGGUCUGCACUGAAAGAGCUGGCGACUGUCCUCUCUGACCAGCCUGGCCUGCUUGGUCCCAAGGCACUUUUUGUCUUCAUGGCAUUAUCUUUUGCCCGUGAUGAAAUUAUCUGGCUACUGCGUCAUGCAGAUAACAUGCCAAAGAAGAGUGCAGAUGACUUCAUAGAUAAGCACAUUGCUGAGCUGAUAUUUUACAUGGAGGAGCUCAGAGCACAUGUCAGGAAGUAUGGCCCAGUAAUGCAGAGGUACUACGUGCAGUACCUCUCUGGCUUUGACGCUGUCGUCCUCAACGAGCUCGUGCAGAAUCUCUCUGUUUGCCCUGAAGAUGAAUCAAUCAUUAUGUCGUCUUUUGUUAACACUAUGACUUCCCUAAGUGUAAAACAAGUUGAAGAUGGGGAAGUAUUUGAUUUCAGAGGGAUGAGAUUAGAUUGGUUUAGGUUACAGGCAUACACUAGUGUCUCCAAAGCGUCACUUAGCCUUGCAGAUCACCGAGAACUUGGAAAGAUGAUGAACACAAUAAUAUUUCAUACAAAAAUGGUAGAUUCCUUGGUGGAAAUGUUGGUAGAAACAUCUGAUCUCUCCAUAUUUUGUUUUUACAGCCGUGCUUUUGAGAAGAUGUUUCAGCAGUGCUUGGAGUUGCCCUCCCAGUCAAGAUACUCCAUAGCCUUCCCUCUCCUCUGCACUCACUUCAUGAGCUGCACACACGAGCUGUGUCCCGAAGAGCGCCACCAUAUUGGAGACCGCAGUCUUUCCCUGUGUAAUAUGUUCUUGGAUGAAAUGGCCAAACAAGCUCGAAACCUCAUCACUGAUAUUUGCACAGAACAGUGCACUCUUAGUGACCAGUUGCUGCCUAAGCAUUGUGCCAAAACCAUCAGUCAAGCAGUGAAUAAGAAGUCAAAAAAACAGACUGGCAAGAAAGGGGAACCUGAGAGGGAAAAGCCGGGUGUUGAGAGCAUGAGGAAGAACAGGCUGGUGGUGACCAACCUUGAUAAGUUGCACACUGCACUUUCGGAGUUAUGCUUCUCCAUAAAUUAUGUUCCGAACAUGGCGGUGUGGGAGCACACCUUCACGCCACGCGAGUACUUGACCUCUCACCUGGAGAUACGCUUCACUAAAUCAAUUGUUGGAAUGACUAUGUAUAAUCAAGCUACACAGGAGAUUGCAAAACCAUCUGAGCUUCUAACAAGUGUAAGAGCGUAUAUGACUGUACUCCAGUCCAUAGAGAACUAUGUACAGAUCGAUAUCACCAGAGUAUUUAAUAAUGUUCUUCUUCAACAAACACAACACUUAGACAGCCAUGGAGAGCCAACCAUUACCAGUCUAUAUACAAAUUGGUAAGGAACACAUUUAGAAAUUUUGAAUGAUUGAGAGUUUUGUUUUAUAAUAAACUCCUUAGGGAAAAUAACUUUAUGGUUGGUCAUGUUCUCAUUUAUUUUAACAGUUGACUUCAGACUUACAUAUAAACUGAAAUUGAUUUAUUUCCUUUCAGAAAUGAGAUCAUUAUCAGAGCUCCUAGGCCCAUAUGGGAUGAAGUUCCUGAGUGAGAGUCUAAUGUGGCAUAUUUCAUCACAAGUUGCUGAACUUAAGAAACUUGUGGUGGAGAAUGUCGAUGUGCUAACACAAAUGAGGACCAGCUUCGACAAGCCAGACCAGAUGGCUGCACUCUUUAAAAGAUUAUCAUCUGUUGACAGUGUAUUGAAAAGGAUGACGAUAAUCGGUGUUAUUUUAUCCUUCCGCUCACUGGCACAAGAAGCACUGAGAGAUGUUUUGUCCUACCACAUUCCUUUCCUGGUGAGCUCCAUUGAGGACUUCAAGGACCACAUUCCACGGGAGACUGACAUGAAGGUUGCAAUGAAUGUGUAUGAGUUAUCAUCAGCUGCUGGAUUACCGUGUGAGAUUGAUCCUGCCUUAGUCGUAGCUCUUUCCUCACAAAAAUCAGAGAACAUUAGUCCAGAAGAAGAAUAUAAGAUUGCUUGCCUCCUGAUGGUCUUUGUAGCAGUCUCCUUGCCUACACUGGCCAGUAAUGUGAUGUCGCAGUACAGCCCUGCUAUAGAAGGGCACUGCAACAAUAUACAUUGUUUGGCCAAAGCCAUCAACCAGAUCGCUGCAGCUUUGUUUACAAUCCACAAGGGAAGUAUUGAAGACCGACUUAAAGAAUUCCUGGCGCUUGCGUCCUCCAGUCUACUGAAAAUCGGCCAAGAGACAGACAAAACUACAACAAGAAAUAGAGAAUCCGUUUAUUUGCUUCUGGAUAUGAUUGUACAGGAAUCACCAUUCCUAACAAUGGAUCUCUUGGAAUCUUGUUUUCCUUAUGUGUUGCUGAGAAACGCGUACCAUGCUGUCUACAAACAAAGUGUUACAUCUUCUGCAUAGAAUAUUCACUCAAGACAAGCACGCGGUUUUGUUGCCUUGUUUAUCUGUAAACUGUGGAGCUGUUUUACCUUAAAGCCUGAAAACACUUUUGUGGAUCAAUUUCUUCAUGCCGUUGUGUUUUCUGAUCAUUGGCUUCCUAAUAUGGUGUAAUACGGUAUACUUGGUUGAUUUAGUUGCACAUUCUUAAAACUCAGUGAAAUUCUAUGAUUUUAGAGUAUCCUUUGUUUGAAAUACCAUAACAUGUUUUUGAUAACUGAUAAUGAAAAAAAAACUUGCUUGUUUAUUUCUGAAAAUGAAUUGUAUUUAGUGAUUAUUUUAGAUAGUGAUACGAUAGCACUCAUCUGUGUGUAAAUUAUUUCCUAGAGGGAGAGUUCUGAUCUGUACCUAUGGUUCUCGCAGAGAUCAAGAGUGGAUGUGCAUUUGUGUGAUGCUUACGAAGACAUUUCCACUUUAUUUUGAACAUUUGCCAAACUAAAUACUCUAACAUUGUUUAACCUUAGAAAUGUUAGAACCUGAGCAUUGGAAGCAGAUUGAGUCUCUCAAACAGCAUAUGCUGUUGCUGUAGAAAGCCUACUGAUGAUCUCAUCCCAUGCUGCCCGACAGGCGUCAGCACUACCGCGUACCUGCUGUAUAAUAAACAACAAGACACUUGUCAGCUGUUGAUACAGGUGUUAGUCCCAAACCACUUUUUAUAUGUUUUAAAUUUUGAAAUUCAAGUGUAUCUGCCAUAACAUAAAUAAACACUAGACUGUAUCAUAUUUUGAAUUAUUUCCUUAAGAUCUUUGGAAAUUUAUUCAAGAAUAUGAAAUUUUUAGUUUAAACUUUGUUUAAAGUAAACAUAGAUUUAGGGAUAUCUUAUGAUAGCAAAUCCAUUAUUACAAAAUUUGUUUAAAUGUUUUAGAAAAUAUUUCACUGGGGAAAAAAACCUGAAAUUAGGAAGUAAGACUACAUGACCUUGUUUUAAAUAUAAGAACUAAAAGACAGCA